AUGAGGGAACAAAUGCAAGAGUCCCAAAAUAAUAUGAUGAGCCAAUUGGCACAAUUGUUGGUCAGAGAACAUGAAAAAGGGAAGAGUACUGCGAAUGAAAAUGAGGAUCCUUUCUACCCCCCGGGCUUUACUCCAAUCAACAUCCAAACACCACCAGAAAUGUACCCACGAGGGAUACCCGUUACUAUCAGGCCUCACCAGCACCAAACCGAUACUUCAGCAUCGAUGAACUAUCAAACAGGCUCAGGUUCUAAUCCUAAGGAUAACCCAACCAAUCCCGUUGUUCCUGUUCUCGAUAAUGUAGCAGAGGUGGACAAAACAAGAGUGGAACAACCAAAACAACUGGAUGAUCGAUACCGAUGGCUGGAAGAAAAACUCAGAGCAAUGGAGAACGUUGAUUACCAUUGCGGAAUAGACGCCAAGGACCUAAGUUUGGUCCCAGAUUUAGUACUCCCUCCUAAGUUCAAAACUCCAGAUUUUGAAAAAUAUAAUGGAACUAGCUGUCUAGAAGCUCACAUCACCAUAUUCUGUCGAAGGAUGGUAGGGUACGUUCACAAUGAUCAACUGUUGAUCCACUGCUUCCAAGACAGUUUGGUCGGAUCUGUGGCCAAAUGGUAUAACCAACUAAGCCGCGCUCAAAUCCAUUCAUGA